GAGUAAGUUGGAGAGGAAAGACAGCACAGAAAAACAAGGUAGCUGGACAGAAAAGAGACAAGAAUGGUGAAUUGGCUGCACAAUGUUAAUUGGUCCCUCCUGGUGACAACCCUGAUCUUCCUGCCACUGCAGGCAACUCCGCGGGGGGACAAUUGGGAAUCAUGCUGUCUUGAGACGCUGUCACAUACAGAUAACCCCCAAAACCUGGAGACAGACAAGAAAAUCAUCAGGCUGUCUGCCACGUGUGACGAUCUGUGGCAAACAAACAGUGAUCCUUGCAUCUGUUUAAGGAAAAAGAUCCUCAGGUACUGGCUGCACUUUGAGGACCACCUCAUCAUCACAGGGUAUACACAGGAUAGUCUGGACCUAAAUUGGGCAAAGACACGAAGUCAGAACAUCAGUGCCACAAUAACCCAAGCUGUUGUCUUCACAUUUGUGCCUUCUGAGGUGCCCACAAUGAUAGAUGUGAAUGGAAAGAGGAACACAAGCAGUGUUAAACUCCCCAUGGAGAUUUUUCAGUCUUUUAACAAGACAGAUCAGGUCACAGUGGCAGUGACCAUGAUUAACAGUGGGGAAUCGGGACUCUUUAAGGAACCAAAUCAGACAGGCACUGUCCUAGACAAUGUAGUAGUCAGUGUGAAGGUGAAGGGCAAGAGGAUCACUGGACUCCGUGAAUGCAUAGAACUCAGCUUCUUGCACAAACAGCUGCCUCAGAAUUUGACCCGCCAGUGUGUCUUCUGGGACUUUAAUAAAGGUCAGAAUGGAGGAUGGAAUUCAUCUGGAUGCCAUGCUAAACUCCAUGACACAGAAACCGUGUGCUGCUGUGAUCACCUAACAUUCUUCACUCUCUUAUUGAACCCAUCCAUAGACAACAUCACAGCACAGUCCUUGUUGACUACAACAAAUGUUGGUUGUGGAAUUUCCAUGGUCUUCUUAUCCAUCACUAUUAUCCUGUACUUCUUUUUAAGGUUUUUUUACAAAAAAUUCAAGUCUGACAAUACAGUGAAGAUCCACAUGAAUCUUAGUGGCAGCUUGUUCAUCCUGAAUGUAGCCUACUUGCUGAACAAUGGGAUUAAUCAUCUGGACCACCCAGGGUUAUGCAAGGGCCUAGGAGGCUUCACCCACUACUGCCUGCUCUGCUGUUUCACCUGGAUGGCGAUUGAGGGCUUUCACUUCUACCUUUUGGUCAUCAAAGUCGUCAACACAUACAUACAAUACUACUUAGUGAAGCUGUGCCUCAUAGGCUGGGGCUUCCCUGCUAUUGUGGUCACUAUAACAGGCAGCAUUAACAGCUAUGGAGAAUACACCAUUAUGGAUAUGGCAAACCGGACCACACUCUCUCUGUGCUGGAUAAACUCUGACCACCUGACUGUCCAUUAUGUCACAGACUGUGGCUAUUUUUGCCUUGUCUUCCUCUUCAAUGCCUUGGUCCUAGGGAUAGUGGCCUGGAAGCUCUUCAGCCUUCAAAGCAUAACAGCAGGGAAGGGAGAGAAGACACAGGCCUGGAAGGGGGGCCUCACGGUGCUGGGUCUCUCUUGCCUACUGGGAGCCACCUGGGGUCUGGCUUUCUUCACUUAUGGCUCCAUGUCUGUACCAGCACUAUACUUCUUCGGUAUACUGAACUCUCUCCAAGGUCUCUUCAUAUUCAUCUGGUUUGUAUUCCUGUAUUUUCCAAAGAAUGAGGCACCCACAUCCUCCUCCUCCAAUGCUGCUAAGAAUGAACAAGUCACGAAUGCUUUCCACAGUAGCCAUAUCCCCAACCCACCUCCCUCAUUCUAA